AUGCGCCGGCCGCGCCCGCGCCACUGUGCUCACCUCGCCGCCGACCUCGCGCCGCCGUUGCUACGCCCGGCCCCCGCGCCCCCGCUCAGGCCUGCUCCGCAACGCCCAACACGCCGCCCCCCUGUCGCGCCCGCCGUCGACCCUGGCCCCUGCACCGCGCUCCUCCCCUCUCUCGCUGUGGCUAUCUCCCAGUCGCCGCUGCUGCGGCUGGCCGCCGCGCUCGACGGCGCCCCACGCUGCGCGGCCCCGCUCUGCUGCUCUGCUUCUCUGCAGACCGGCGUCUGGCCGCGUCGGCUGCGCCCACCGCGGCCUCGCCCUCCUGGCCUCGUGCGGCCCCGCUCCCGCGCCGUUGCGCCCUGCGGGUCCCGCCCCGCUCUCCCUCGAUGA